AUGGAGAAGAGCCGGGUGCUGGUGGUGGGCGGCACUGGGUACAUCGGGCGGCGGCUCGUGCGGGCGAGCCUGGCGCAAGGGCACCCGACGCUGGUCCUGCUGCGGGCGGAGAUCGGCCUAGACAUCGACAAGCUCCAGAUGUUGCUCUCCUUCAAGGCCCAGGGCGCGCGGCUGGUGGAGGCGUCACUGGAGGACCACGCGGGCCUCCUCGCCGCCGUGGCGCAUGCCAACGUGGUGGUCUCGGCCAUGUCCGGGGCGCACAUCCGCAACCACAACUCACCAAAAGGCGACACGGGCAGGGAUUUCCAGAAGGACAUAGUUAGAGCAGCUGAAGGAACAAAAUUUUCUGAGGACUGCUAUAGAUAUGGAAGCGAAAAUAAUGCAAGCGACGAAGCCCUUAGAAAAGCAGCAUCACUAUACGGAGGUGCUUUGAUAAAUAUUGAGAAAGAGUAUGAAGAUUUCAACAGAAUUUUAUCUUCUCAGGCAGGAAAUAUAGGUGUUAUGGGGAUUGGGGAAUGCAUAUUUAAGGGUACAGUUACCACUCAUGGAGCGAGUUGCUGA